CUCGUUUUAAGUUCAGUGGUGCGAGAUGUAUAUAUGCUGGUGGGGACGUUCUCGAAAAUGCAUCAACGCAAUUAAUCACACAAAAGAGAACUACGCCCGGUCACACACAACGCAACUACGCCGCACCCAUCUUUCACGGAACAUCCACAUCCGCAUAUACACACAAAACCUCGACAUAUUCUGCCCACAAUGCCACCGCCAACGUCCGACACCAAAGUUCCAACCACCAUCUCAACAACCCACAAAAACCACCCAAUCUACUCCCACCUCCUCGCCCGCGCCUUCACCACCGACCCCGUAUUCACCUACAUAGAGGGCGCCACCCCUUGGUACGCCCGCCCCCUGCUGACCUACCGCAUCAUCCGGUCCCAGCUCCUGGCAGCCUCCCACGGCAACCGCGCGCUCUUCAUCGCUGCCGCGUCGAAUCCCACUACAACCUCAAAAUCGUCAUUACAAGCAUCGAAAGAAGAAGACAAAGAGCAAGACGCGGAAUUAAACCCCCAAUGCACAGCCGUCAUCCUCCCGCCAGGCGAAUCCCUCCUCGGUAUCCCCGUUCCUUCUUGGAUAUCCCUCCUCCUUCUCCGCGGCGCCUGGCGGGUGUUCUUCUCCCUCGGGCUGUCAGGGUGGAAAAAGUUCGAGAAAGGGUACAUCACCCCCGUUGAAGCCGCCAAAGCUUCCGUCUUCGCACAGGGCGAAACGUACUACUACGUCGCCAUCAUCUGGACCGCGGCGCAGCAUCGUGGGAAGGGGCUUGCGCAAAGUGUGUUGGGAGAGUUGACGGAGAGGGCGCAGAGGGAGGGGAAGCCCGUGUGGUUGGAGGCGAGCAGUGCCGCGAGUAGGAGGGUGUAUCGGAGGUGUGGGUUUGUGGAUGUUGGGGAGACGAUUGUGCUGGGGAGAGGUGAGGUGGAUGGUACUGGUGAGGCGGCGGAGGGGGAAGCCGCCGUUGGAGUGCCGGUGUUUCCGAUGGUGUGGUGGCCUAAAGGAGAUCCCAGGAAGACUAUGGAGUAGCGAGGGUGACAUGAGUACGUUCUGAAAGUGGUGUUGUGUUGCUUUUGGGUAUAAAUGGGGCGCCCUCUCGUUGCUCUGUUCGAAUAGAUGGAUUUCAGCGUUCCAGGUAUAGAAGUGUAGUAGAGUAGCCUGGGGUAACUCGAACCAUCAUGCAUCUAUAAGGCACCGGCUGAUCGGUUGCGGAUUCCGUAACAGAGACAUAUUCGUUGUCAAAAAGAACGUCGAUGACCAUGAAUGCCAGUUCCGCUCUCGGCGUAUGGGCAUCCAGUCCAUAGCAUCCUGCAAGGUUGUUAGCGUCAGCCUGAAUAAAGACAGU